AUGGUUAAAAGAGACAGAGAGUCGGAGUCGGACAGCGACGGCGUCGAUGCGGCCGUCCAGAACGUCGAGGUGGUCAAGCGGCCCCAGAAACGGGUCCAGCUGCUUGCUCAGGACGUCCAGGCCGCCAGGGAGACUGCAGAGCUGUUCAAGUCCAACAUCUUCAAACUCCAGAUCGACGAGCUCGUGAAGGAACUGCGGCUCAAAGAGGCCCACUGCAAGCUGAUCGAGCGUGUUCUCCACCGACUGUACGAGGUUGUGCAGCAGAUUCCGCAAUCGGAGGCGUUUUCGCUCGAACAGGCGGAAAAACACUUUGCAAAGUCCAAAAACAAGGUGGCUAUCCCCUUCCCAGACCCCAAACCCACCGCUAUUAAUUACGCGCUGCAGUACCAAGCCCCAUCGGAUGUGUCGCUUGUGGGCUCGUUCGGCCUGAAAACAGGCAUCCAGCAGCCAGACGGUAUGGCUAUCGACGUGGCCGUCACCAUGCCAAAGUCCUUGUUCCAGCCAAAGGAUUACCUUAAUUAUAAAGCCCUGUACAAAAGAGCAUUUUACGUGGCGUACUUGGCUGACCAAUUGAUCACAUUGACCGCAAAACACCAUCUCCCGGUGCGAAUCUCGUACGAGUACGUCAACGGCGAUAGAUUGUGUCCAAGCAUUAGAAUAGACAGCAUCUCUCCAGACAAAAAGCAUCCAGACGAUCUGGUGUUUCAAGACACAAAGUUUAAGAUCCGGCUUUUGGUUGGGCUCGAGUACGGCUUGUUUGAGAGCAAGAAACUGCUUCCAGACAGAAACUGCAUUCGUAUCCAGACAGAAGACGAACUGCCGCCAACUCCGUUAUACAACGCUUCCAUCUUGUCUUCCACCACGUACAAGUACUACUUGAAGUACCUGUAUGCUACUAAAAAGUCGACAGAGGCAUUUAGAGAUGCUACUGCUCUGGGAAAGCUCUGGCUCAAACAGCACGGAUUGGGCUCGCAUUUCAAUAAGGGCGGAUUUGGUCAUUUUGAGCUCGCCAUGCUCAUGUCUGCGCUCCUUAAUGGCGGAGGAGAAUCUGGGAACAAGAUCCUGCUCCAUGGUUACUCCAGCUACCAGCUUUUCAAAGGAACAAUCAAGUACCUGGCUACCCAGGACCUGCUAAAAGACGGCUAUCUAUCGUUCACAUCCACCAUUGGCGACGGAAGCUCUGUUUACAAGAAAGGCGGCUUCAAUGUGCCAACGUUGUUCGACAAGACCACGAAAAUUAAUAUCUUUUGGAAAAUGACACCUUCGUCGUACCUGCUGCUCAAGAAACAGGCAGCAGAGACUUUGGACCUGCUCAACGAUGUGGUCCAGGAUCGGUUCCGCCAGAUCUUCAUUCUCAAAAACACUCAGAAAUACCUGCAUUACGAUACGCUCGUUUCCGUGCCGCUCAAGACUCUGGACCAGCACGACAAGUUCGGCUCGAUCGAGCGUAUCAUGUUCCUAACCUACGAAAACUUCGUCACCAGCAAGAUUUACCGACUGGUCACUCGGGCGCUGGGCGAGCGUGCUAAUCAGGUGGCUGUUAGCGUGUCUGCCACAGAGGAUAGAUGGAGUGUUCAGAAGAGACACCCCGAGCCCGAGGACAAGUCGGUGGAGAUUGGGCUGUUUUUGAACGCCUCGGAGAGCGAAAACAAGGUCACCAAGGGUCCGUUGCACGAGGAUGAGGAGAACGCGGUCAAGUUCCGCUCGUUCUGGGGGUCCAAGGCCCAGGUCAGACGGUACAAGGACGGUAACAUCCAGUACAGUUGUUUGUGGCCAGCCAACGAGCUGGCGGUGGUUUCCAUCUUGAACUACGUGUUUGAGCUCCACAUCGGCCCAAACGUUCGGUUAGAGUACAGCUCCAGCAAGUUUUGGAAGAUGCUUCCUGUUCCGCUAACGUCGAACGCGGUGCAACUGAUUCCACCCAACUUCCAGUCGUUGAAAACCUCCUAUAACGAGCUAUGCAAGGUUCUGAACGACAUUGAGCUACCACUGGCUAUCAAGUCUAUUCUGCCUGCGUCGCCAGCCUUGCGCAACACGUCCACGAUCCUGCCUGUUCCGUUGGCCGUUGGAAAUCCAGAUUUUUUCAACGAAUCCAUUAUCCAGUUUGAGACGUCCACGAAAUGGCCGGACGAGCUGCUAGCCUUGGAGCAGACCAAGACCGCGUUCCUGCUCAAGAUCAACCAGCAUCUGGCAGAAAACACAGAGUACAAGUCGUACCUUGAGAAAGACGAGACCUCGGUGCCGUACAACUCUCAGAUCAAGACGCUCAACAUCAUCAGUCCAGAUGGCUAUGGAUUCCGGUUCUACGUGCUGACCGAAAGAGACGAGGUGUUGUAUUUGCGUGCAAUUGAAAACAGCUCCGAAAAGCAAAAGAAAACAGUCAGCGACAUUUAUUUGGCAUUCAACCAGAAAUACAUGGGUUCUGUGAAACACCACCGCGCGAUCGCGUCGCUCAGCACGCACUUCCCGCUGUACUCAGCGACGGUGAGGUUGUUCAAGCGGUGGCUCGACGCACAGCUACUGCUUUCGCACUUCUCCGACGAGCUCGUGGAGCUGCUGGUGAUGAAGGUUUUUGUGGACCCUGCUCCGUACUCUGUGCCGUCGAGCAUCGAGUCUGGCUUUUUGCGGACGCUGCAGUUCCUAAGCCAAUGGAACUGGAAAGAGGACCCGUUGGUGCUGGACCUGGCCAAAGAUCUGGAAAAGUCCGGUAACUACAUCGACCUGAUUUCCGACAAACUGACCGUGCAGAGCUACCAGGCCAUGUUGGGCAAUUUCGCCAAGGUGCGCAAGGAGGACCCGCAGGCUCUCAAGACGCAGUUCUUCGUGGCGUCGAAGGAAGAUCUGUCUGGUAGACUGUGGUCUUUGGGUCUGAGUCUGCCAAUAGCAACCAGACUUACUGCUCUCAGUAAAGCUGCGGUGAAUGCCGUGAGCAAGUCGCUGGACUCGCGCACGCUGAAACUGGUGUUCACGCCGGCACUCAAGGACUACGAUUUUGUGCUGCGGAUCAAGACGCCGACCGAGUACGCGUCCAAGACGGGGCUGUUGCUGGAGAACAAGUUCAAGAACCUGGUGAGCGCGCUUCCUGCUGUGGACGAUGCGAGCGGCGAGCAGGACCCUGUGGGCGCGUACUGUCGCGAGCUUCGUGCGCGGUUCGGCAACGUGCUGGUCGUCUCGUGCGGCAAGUACACCGGUUUGAGCCAGAAUGGCCAGACCAACGUGGUAGCCGGCUUACUCAACCCAGUGGUGGCCGGCUCCAAGAAGAAGUUCCGCGUGAACCUGGGCUACGACGUCGAGCCCAUCGACGACGACCAGCUGCAGCUGAACCGGGCCGCUCUCCUGGCGCAAAUCGUCCACCUGGGUUCCGACCUUGUCGAGUCGGUCGACCUUAAUAGAGUGUAG